GAACAAAUUUUUAGCGAGAUAACUGUUUAUGGUGCAACGGAAUGAAAGAAUAUUGUUUGUUUGUGAUAUCCAAAUAACAUUGUGCAGUGAUUGAUGUUGCACCAAAGUUUGAAAACCUAGCUCGAAAAUUUUCCCAAACGCAUCCUUCUCUUGUCUUCCUGCUCCUUCCCUAUCUAUGCUUCUUUUGAUUUGUUCUUUUUGUCCUGCAUUUGUCCUUGUAUACAUGCGAUAUGAAUAUUUGUGCUAUCACUGUCAAAUAGGGGAAAAUGUUGCAGUACAAAUCUCUUCGGUUGAUUAUUUAUAUGGUUAAGGUCUCCUUCAAAGUUAUUAGAUCUCUUACACUUGAUCUUUUAAGCUCUGACACAAUUCGGAGUAUCAAAGACAAGAUCUGCAGGAUUGAAGGGACUUCAAUCAACCAACAAGAGCUCUUUUUUGCUGGGAAUCAUCUAGAAGAUACCAAAACACUAUCUGAUUACAUUGUUUCCACUGAUUCUGAUCGCACCAUAGAUGUUCGUGUGGAAGGGAGAAUGCCAAUUUCCAUAAAAAUUCCAUCAAUGGAGAAAACUUUACCGCUUAAUGUGAAGUAUAUGGGAAAAGUUCAUAAACUAAAAGUCAUGAUUGAGGAUGAGGUGGGAAUUCCUUCAGAUCAGCAACUUCUUAUUUUUUGUGGCAAAACACUCGAGGAUGAUCAUUUAUUAAUUGCAUGUGGUAUCACAAAGAAUUCUACAGUUUAUGUCAUGCUGAAUCCAUUAGCUAAGCUUCUUCUCCAUGUCCACAUGGCUUGUGACAAUGCCCUCAGUCUUGAAGUAAUGGCAGGAUAUACCAUUAGGGAUGUCAAGGUUAUUGUUGAGAGUUCAAGAGGAAUUCCUGCUAGUAAGAUAACAAUUUUUCAUGAUGAAGUUGAGCUUCAGGAUGGCUUUACAUUAUCAUUCUAUAACAUAAAGCAUGAAUCUGUUCUACAUCUACAAGCUCCAAUACGGAUAUUUGUUAAAAUAAUGACUGGAAAGACCAUAACUAUCACAGUUGAAGCUGGCGAUACCAUUUCCAUUAUCAUCACUAAGAUUGCAAGCAAGAUAGAUUUUAAAUGCAAGAAUUUGAAGCUCAUGUAUGCUGGAAAGGUACUUGAGGAUCAAAAGACUCUUUCAUUCUAUGGUAUUAAGAGAGAAUCAACAGUCUAUCUACGUUGAAUCAAUAGUCCAUUUGCCGGCUCAAGUAUUCUAUGAUUGUAGAAAUAAGUGGAACUAUUUGUGGAUGAUUCAGAACUAAUUUAUUCAUAUGAUAGUUGCAUGUUAAAUUGAGUGGAGGACUUCUCA